AAGUUCACAGUUCAUGGGUUUAUUAGCGAAAUGUAUGAGAGAGAUGUACAUACAUACACAUGCAUACACUUGAUUAUCACGCUAUCACGCUUGAAAAAAAUACUUGAAGCAAUUAGGUGUCUUUUCAAGUCGCGACAUGUAUUUCUUGUACAGAUGACUUGCAUAAUGAUUAAUGCUAUAUACGAACAAAUAUAGGAUAUAAAGUGGUUUAUUAUAUAAAAUUUUAUAUAAAAAAAGAUAUUAUAUUGCUGUAAUAUAUGUAAAAGUUUAUAAUCAAAUCGAUCAAUCACAGUCGAAUUUAUCUGCGUUUGAGAAUACUUGAUUGUGAUUGGUUGACUAAACCCUUUCACGUCUCAUAACCUUUAGAUGGAUGAUAGAUAAAAUUCACAAUUCACAUGUUUUCUUUAUAUUAAAAUCUUGAUUUUUUGGAAGAUAAUAAUUCAAUAAAAAAUGUAUCCAACAUGAGUUCGAGUGAUUAUAACAAUGAUGAUAAUAGACCUAAAACACCACUGGACGAGGAUUGUUGUGGCACUGGAUGUACACCAUGUAUCUUUGAUGUUCAUAAAGCAUUGCUGAAAGAAUGGAAAAGUAGGAAGACACAAAAUGUAAAAGUUAAAAUAAGUAAUAAUUUAUUAUCUCUUCUAUCUUAUAAAGUAUUUAUUGUCACCGAUAUAUCUGAAACUUCAAGGGAUUAUUUUCUGGUUCAAUUAAAAUGCCCAGAGUAUAAAAUAGAAAAUGAUGUUAGAUUGCACAUUACACCUGGACAGUAUGUUAUUUUACAUUCCUGGUGCAUGUCUCGUCCAUAUACACCAAUUGCUUGGACGUAUAAUAACUUAAUUUUCUUAGUAAAAUCAUAUAAACAAGGUGAAUUUAGUUUGCGCCUCAAAAUGCAUCAAUUGGCAGUGCAAUAUAUUAGAGGUCCAUAUGGAGAUUUUAAAUAUAAGAGUAACAGUUUUCGACAGAUUGUUAUGUUCAGUAUCGGUUCGGGAAUAGCAGCACUUUAUCCCAUUGCUAAAAUGAUCGUUGAUGAUGAAACAGAAUUGACAAGGAUACAUCUUAUCGCAGGAUUUCAAUCGGUGUCACAUGUACCUUUGAAAAAAGAAUUAAGGCAUCUAGUGGAUUAUUGGAAUUUUAAAUGCACGUUACAGCUAUCCCAAUUAAAUGACAAGACAGUCAGUCUUCAUGGUUUUAAUAUCAAUUCAGGUCGUUUGAGCAAAUCACUUGUUGCUGAUUAUCUCCAAUGUAAUGAUACAGAAACAACAUUAAUUUUGAUAUGUGGAACUUUAGAAUUUAAUCAGAUCAUGAAAGAAUGGCUUCAGGAAAUGAAUUAUGCAUAUAUACAUAUAUUUGAAUAAAAUAUAAAUAUGCAAAUUCAAUAUCUACCUUUUUAUUGUUUAAUGGAACAGGAAAUCUUUUCCUUGCAAUAUGGACAGGUGCCAUAAAUAUGGUCAAACACAACUUGAUUUCCACUGUUUGUUUGUAACCACUAUUGUUAAAAAAAAGUUAUGUAUAUAUAUGUGUUGGCAUUAUUAUA